AGAUAUGAACGUCAGGUCUGAUCGGCUCACCUACCCCGCUAAAAUUUUUCCUUGUCUUAUCAUUUGGGACAAAAAUGUGCGCUUCUUUGUGCUGCAUUCAGCGUUUGACUCCACUUCCGCUAAUCAUCAUGAUACAACUAUUCAUGAAUUCAUCGUGCUUUAUUACAAGAAUUUGAGAUGGCUCUAUAGAAGAAGCCAUUGCAGCAAUUUCGGUUUACACAUUUUACUCGGGCGCAAGAGAAUUCUGUUUGAUAGUUCGUUAGAAUGAUAAAGAAGGAUCGAAUGAUGUUGUUCACAGUAGCCUUUUCCUAUGAUAAAAUCGCUUUUUUCGCCUUUCGUAUUGACUGUGAUCUGGUGUGAUGAAACUUUUUAUCUCGCUGCCUAUGGAAUUCUUCAUAUUUGCUUUCUCGAGGAUUUAACUCUCGAAAGUUCUUUACCUACUGUUCUAGCAGCUGUAUUUUAGAAAUACUGAUGUUGUUUGAAAAUAUAUUUACCAAGCCAGAGAUUAUGGACUAAAACGAGACUACUACGUGAUGAAUGUCUGUUGAUGUCGUCGUGAGACGUUCUCACUAUUGAUCAUGCGCAGUCACGGCGGGCGAUGGAGCAGAUUGGCGGUGGGAAAGGCAAGAACGGGGAGUCAACCCGAGUAGACGUUUUCGGCAAUACUCCGCCAGGGUUUUUAAAACGUUUUGGCCUUAGAGGUGCAAUGCAUGAAGCUGCCAGAGACGCCGUCGCAAAUAGCAUCAAACAAGACAGCACGCUGGAGGGCAACGAGGACAGAUUUGCAGCAGGACUUGAUAGGAGCACAACGACCGGCUCACCAUCUGUAGGCGGAGCAUCAAGUUCAUCGUCAGGAAUCCAACUUGUGGCUAUUCGCACCCCAGUGGCUGUCCCGGCAGGAGUCUUUGAGCAUCAGGUGGACAUCCUCAAUCCACUUACCACCGCCGCUACCUACUCCGAAUCUGGUUUAUUCAGUACUAGCUUUGGGAGCAACAAAAGUAUCAACAAGAACAACUUCAGUGGUGGUGGAGGAAGUGCGACUACAAGCUUGAGUCAGGAACUUGAGCAGGUGUUGCAGACGGGUAACCGCGUCCCCAACGCUACGUCUUCGGCGGGGUCAGAUUUGAUCGACCUGUCGAGAGUGAAUUCCGAGAACGACGUGCAAAGCCAGCGACAGUACCAAGUGACCAACGGCAUCGUCGUCGGCAGUGGCGUCCGACACAAGAACACUGGGGUCCUUGUCGGCACUUCGCCCGCCACAAGCUCCUCCGCCGCAAGAUUUGGCGUGCCCUACGAUCCAUCCUACGAUCCAUCGUUUGGCACCUCCUCUACGGCUAUCCUUGCGUCGCACCCCGCCUUUGCGUCCGCGGAAAAAGCCCUACCUGCAGAAGGAGUCGGCAGCUCGCCGUUGAUUCAGCGGGAACUUUUCCAUCAGCCAACACUUCUCGGCGCCAGUAGUACUGGAGACACCCCUGCCGCCGAUCCGGACUACGCCAUAGACGUAGUAGAAGACGGUGGCGAUUUUGACUUGCCGCGCACGUCUACUAGAACCGGCGCUGCUGGAAGUGGUCGUCGCUGCAAAAAACUACGAGCUCGAAACGAUCCCAGCUACGUUCCUACUGAGGUGGACCAGAACGCGCCCCAAGCAGUCAUCGCGCUAGGAGCGACACUCAGAGGGGCUUACACGUGGGUCAUGAGUAAAAUGACCGUUUACGGAAACGAUGGGCUAAGCGCUCAGGAGUAUGGUCUGCGACAAGUCGAAGAUCUAGGAGCCUUGUCUCCUGAUGUGAGCGGCAAAAAUUUGGUACGUCGUAUUUGUUUUUCCGUACCUCUAUGCGCUCGCGUCAGCAAUGUCUUUUUGCGACCCAUGUCUAUGAGCUUAUUUAGUUUCUUAUAUAUAUACAAGGGAGGGAGGCCCCCCCUGUGGAUGGAGCGUCGGUGGCGUCCGCGCGCUCUUUUUUUCUGGUGUGGUGACAUGUAAAGACGCACGGGGGCGAAGGCCUCAAAAGGCGGCGCCGGAGUCCCCUGGCAGUUCUCCGCGUCUACCCCACAGGCGUCCCGGCUCUUGGACCUUAUCAGGCGGACGGUUCCCGGGGGAGGAAGGCCGCCGAAGGCGGCGACGGUCGCGAGGCCGGGCCCCUUUGGCGCUCAUCCCCCAAAUUGGUGACAGCCUCAGCCGCCACCAAACGCCCGGGGGGAUGAGGACCAAAGGCGAGGUGGAGGGGGGCAAAGACGUGCCCGCCUGGGUUCUGUCGGUUACGUGCAGCACGGCCAAAGGGGUCAAGCCUGGCCACCUGCGCCCUCGGAGGCCUUCCACCUCCCAAGAGGCUCCCCCAGUAAGGAGCCCGCACGCGGGAGGCCUGUAGGGUACAUGCCACAUGGCGUGGGAGGUCUGUAAGUAGGGCACAUGCAACACAGCAAGGGGGUCCAGCCUGGCCACCUUUUGCCGCUUUCGGAGGCCUCCCAUUCCCGGCCUUCGCUGCUUGAACGGCUUCAGGGGCGUGGGCUCUGCCGAAUACAGGCAAGAGGCCGCGAAGGUGGGCGUUUGGAGGCCUUCCCGCCCGGCAGUCCCUCGAGAAAAAGGGUCUGGGGCUGGCGGCCCACCCCUCAAAAAGUUGGAUCGGGGGGGCCUUCAGCCCUGAGCCCCGGAGCUUAUCUUGAUGUGUCAGCUUCAUAAUGUUGGUCUCGUUCUUUCAUACUAUAGACUGAUACAACAUUGCGUACGGUAUCAUGUCUCAACGAAGGACUCAUCGAUUCCUAUUAGUUACCAUUUUUUACCGUUACCCGACGCCACUUUUUUACAACAACUAAUUAUCCAAAAAAAGAAACAAAGUCAUGACUUCAAGAACUAUAGGGUUGGUAGUAACACUUCAUUCCAUCCACAAAAGGAAACAUUCGGGUUGUUGCAGACCCGGAAGGAGGGAGUCAAUGCUGCUGCAAGUAGCCCUGAGGAUAUGCUCACCACCAAUAGUGCUGCGGAGAUAUCACCGGUGGACGAAGAAGCAACACCGAAGUUGACAACCCGGCUUUUAGCCGCCUGUCUCUUCCAAUUGCCAAUGGGCAUGAUAUGGAGCACCAUUGGGCUUAUCGUCCUACCCUACGAUUAAGGCUAAGUAUUUGGCCAGUCUUGUUUAACCAUUAAAAUUUCUUUCUUAUUUUUCUUCUUCAAUGGCAUAUUUACGGAGACUAGGUAGACCUUUGCGUUUCUUUCUCCCAUUCGUAUCAGUAGAAUACAAAACUGAGGGACGAACUAUGUCAAUGUUAUAAAAGGAAAAUAUUGAUAUUUGGUUUCCCUCCUUUUCAUUUUUAUCCUAGGUUAGCCCCUCCAAUCAAAGUUUUAUCGGUAGAAGUAAAGGCAUCUCUAACGUGAGGCGGAAAAGUUUUAUCCGAAAGCACAUAGCGGCUUUCUAGGACUACUGCUUACAAUCGCGGGUACGAGUCAAGUAAUAAGUCCCAUCGUCGGUCGGUUAUCGGACGACCAUAGAAGUAUAUUUGGUCGCAGGAGACCUUUCAUGGUUUACGGAACCAUUCUCACGGCCGCGGGCGUGAUGGGCCUUUCAUGGAGCAGCGCACAUUUAUUCGUUUGGGUCUAUGCAGUGGCGCUAUUCAUAUCGCAGGUGCAUAAGAUUGGCUUUAUACCGAAGAGAAUACCUCUUCUCCGAAGUAUGUCGUUGGCUAGACUUUCAUAUUUAAAGGUUGAAAAUGGGAAGGAGAUGAAGAUCCUUCUGGCCCCUCAUCUAGCCCUCGACCGUUAUCUAUCCUCCAAAGUAUCUUCGCGCUUCAGGUCGGUCUGAAUGUGAUUUACUCCGCUACGGUCUUGGGACUUGUUCCCGACGUCUUAGAGGAGCAGGGCGUCAACAACAAUGCGGCAGCAAGCGGUAUAAUAGCGAUUUUCCAAUUCCUUGGAAAUUUGUUAGGGAUGCUAUUCAUGAUGGCAACGAGCAAUAUGGAAAUGCAGAAUGUCUACCCUUUUUACCUUGUUUCCGUCCUCGUCUCAUCGGGUAUCGUGUGGAUAUGCUGCCCAGAAGAAAGCAGUCUGGUAUAUUUAAUAGUACUGAAGAUUCAUUUUCUUGACAUCGAAAAUUCAUCAAGUGUUGCAUCUUCAUGUUCUAAAUCUGGACAAACAUCACAAAUUUGCCUAGUUCUAUAUCUCGAUGGAAUUGUAUGAACUACAGUCUUAGGUGGUCUUCAAAAUUUCGGCUAUUAUGACAGAAUCGAAAGCGGACAAGGGUAGACGAUGAUACUGCCGGCCUGUAUAAAGCCCUGCUCUUCGAUGCUGGCAAGGACCCGGAUUUUUUCUGGGUCUUCGUUGGGAGAACAGUGUACUCGUUUUUACUACUAUCACAUAUUUUAUUGCGUCAGUAUUUGCUUGUUACUGUUUUGCAGCAUUAGAUUUAGAUCAUGAAGACUCGUUGCUACCUCUGUUUACCAUUGAUAGUCACGUCAUUUCAGGAUUCGUUUCGCUUCGGCUAGUGAACAUGCUGCAUCGCAGCUCAGCUUUCUUCGCGCCUCUCAGGUAUUAUCUUUCCAUAAGCUGCUUGUCGUUCAUAUACUUUUUUGUCCGAGACAUAGCUGGAGUUUUGGACGAGCACCAGCGGAAAUACUUCGUCGCCCUUAUCGUCGUGUGUGCGCAGUCAACGGGAGCCUUGACCGCAUACCCUGCUGGUGUCCUAAGCGACAAAGUAGGCAGAAAAAAACUAGUUUACGUCUCGUGCGCCAUGAUGGCAUUAUGCUACAUGUGGUAUCUAGCAAUACCGUAUCUCCCGCAAUUCAGCACGCUACAAACCCUGCUUCUCGGCUCUUGCAUCUACGGUAGUCUUAAGUCAAGUUGCACUUUUUCUUUUCCAGAGAACUCUUUGAGGCUUUUGCGAUCAUCAUAAAGGGAUGAUGAUUGUGUCCUAGCUUGCAAGAUACCUCUUCUCGAAUCACAAAAGACACUUGGACAUUUUGAGUUUCCUCCGCAACACCACCAACGACAAGGUAUAGCAGCUGGGUGCUACAUGAGCGUAGACUACGCUCUUGCCUUGGAUUGCCUACCGGAGAAAAGCACCAAAGGCUCUUCAGAGGCACUAGGCUUAUGGGGAAUUAGCGGCUUCAUCGGCAGCUACAUAGGACCAAUGGGGGGUGGUGGAUUGCUCGAAUUUUUCGGAUCAACCUCACAAAAAGACCAUUAUUCCUACGGAGGCUACUUCGCCUUACUGUCAGUCGGCGCGUUAAUGGCUCUUUUAUCAGCGCUCGUGACCAGCUUCAUCCGAAAAGCCAGCUGA